GAGCGGGGUGGGUUUGCCACCAGCAGUGGAGGAGCCCAGAGCCACAGCAAGGACUCAAAGCCAGCUCAGAGGGAUCCAAGUGUCUGGGGGCUCCUGGAGCAGGGUCUGGUGGUGCUGCAGGUGAGCUGAGCCUAGAGCCUUCAGCACAAUGUUCACGAGCAAGAAGCACUUCACCAGUGCCAUUGUUGGGGCACUGGUCGCACUCUCCCUCAUUGCCCUUGUUCUCAGCCUGGUGAACAUUGAAGAUGUCUCCCUGCUGCCCACUGUCAAGUAUGGGAUGGUGUUUGAUGCAGGCUCAUCCCACACCUCUCUGUUUGUCUACGAGUGGGAUUCAGACAAGGAGAACGACACCGGUGUGGUCAGCCAGACCUUGUCCUGUGAUGUCCAUGGACAAGGUAUAUCAAGCUAUGCCAAUGAUCCCCCGAAAGCUGGUGAUUCCAUAAGGGACUGUCUGGAUAAAGCCCUGAAGGUUGUUCCUGCUACGAAACAGAGGGAAGUCCCAGCUUAUCUUGGAGCAACAGCAGGAAUGAGGCUACUGAGGGAACAGAAUAGCUCAGCAGCAGAGCAAGUCCUGGCUGAAGUCACUAAAACCAUGCAAGAAUACCCAGUGGCUUUCAAAGGGGCUCGAAUCCUUACAGGAGAGGAGGAGGGGGCUUAUGGCUGGAUCACCAUCAACUACCUGCUGGACUCCUUCACUAAGUACUCACCCAAAGCGCGCACGUGGGUUCGUCCAGAGGCAGCCAACAUUUUUGGGGCACUGGAUCUUGGAGGAGCAUCCACCCAAAUCAGCUUCAUACCCGAAGGUUCAGAGGUGAACUGGAAGGAAGGCUCCAAGUUCACACUGUACGGGUAUGACUACAGCAUCUACACACACAGCUACCUCUGCUAUGGCCAGAACGAGAUGCUCAAGCGACUGGCAAAGGAACUGAUUGCGGAGUCAUCCCCCAGCACACGAGUCCAUCACCCCUGCUACCCAACAGACUACAAUGAAACCGUGUCGCUGUCUUCCUUCCGCACCAGUCCCUGCACGAACCAGAGCGACCCACGCCUGGGCCCUGGCGACAGGAACAUCACCCUGGAGGGCAGGGGCAAUGCCAGCCGGUGCCUGGCUGCCAUCAGGAAGCUCUUCAACUUCUCUGCGUGUGGCCAGAGCCCCGACUGCACCUUCGAUGGCAUCUACCAGCCGCCGGUCAGAGGGCAGUUCAUUGCCUUCUCUGCCUUCUACUAUAACUUCAAGUUCCUGAACCUGACCGAGAGGCAGACACUCACCACUGUCAGGGAGACCAUUGAACGUUUCUGCAGGAGAAGCUGGGAAGAUCUCUCUUCCAGCUACCCUGAAGAGAACCCUCAGCGCCUGCCGAAAUACUGCGCCAAUGCCAACUACAUCCUCACCCUCCUCCUCGAUGCCUACAAGUUCAAUGAGACCAGCUGGAGCAACAUCAUCUUCCAGAUGAAGGUAGGCAGCAAAUGCAGCCCGUGGGCAGGAGCAGAGGAGGACAAGAGCCAGCUUCCCACGUUGGGUGAUGCGAGAGCUAUGCUCCAGGAAGCCACUCUCUGGGCUGCGGGCGGUGUUGCUGCUGUGGCUUUCCUGCAGGGUAACUCGUGUCCCCUCUCCCUGGGCAGGCAGGGAGCGCCGACGUGGGCUGGACGCUGGGGUACAUGCUCAACCUCACCACCAGGAUCCCGGCCGAGGCUCCGGUGUGGGUGAAGGGGCACGUUCCUUCCUUGUGGGCUGCGGCCAUCACCUUCAUCAUCCUCACCCUUGUCCUGGGACUCACUGCCCUGCUCCUGCUCCUGUGGGGGUAGGAGCCUGGCUGCAUUUCAGAGCCUGGUAGGUGUGCAUCAGGGCUGGAAAACCAUCGGUGCUGGGUCCCCCUUCCUUCUGCCCCCAGGGCUGGCAGCCUGGGGCUGGUUCAGUGAUGCUGAGCAUCUCGACAGCACCAAAGAGCUGAGGUAGAGUGUCCCAUGGGGCUGGCCCCACCAUGCAGAUAGGCACUAUGUGAGGUUUCCAUUGGAGCUCUGCCUACACACCACAGGAACCUCAGCUGUGCCCAUCUGCCUCCUUAUUUUGCUAUACCUGUUACAGAUGUGGCCUCCACCCCACCAGCUGGCCCGUGGGGCCAUGGGGAACCAGCCUGGCCAUGGAGGAGCUCCCCAAGUGCCAGACUGAUAGCACAGGGCUGCAAGCACUUGUGACUGGGUGCUUGGUGCAAUGCUGGGUCUGGUUAUGGUCACCAACAGCCCAGCAGGUGCCUGUGAGGGGCAUGAAAUGCUCUGCAGUACCACAUCUGGCUCUCCUGAGGGUGAAUCGUGUGGGCUUACCUGGUGGUGUUGGAGACAAGCAAAAUUGAGCAUCCAAAGUCAGAAACAUGGUCCAUGGCUCCCCGAGGGUCUGUCUCGUCUCAUCUUCCCUUUCUUCUGGGAUAAAGGGAUCUAUGUUUCUGAAUGUCUGCCUGGAGACAAACACUGUCCCACUGUCUGGGUACUGAGACAUUCAUAUGUCCCAUCACCUGCAAACGCUGUCCCACCAUCAGGCUGGACACCAUGGGCUCAGGCUCCUAGUCCUGCCCUGCCCCUGCCCAUGGGGAUGAGCUGGAUCCUGCCCAAAACUGCACCCCUGCCUUUGCCUUGAGGCCUGCUCGGUUUUCAUCUGCCUGCAGCUGAUGCAGUGGUUCUGGGCCUCUCUGCAGUGAGGAGCUGACUGUUGGUGCCUCAGACAUCCAAAUAAAUCAUGUGAAAGGCAGCGAUGGGGAAAUGCUGUUGCUUUGCUCCUGCACAGUCGUGACUUUCUGGUUUCCAUCUCGCAGGUCAGGGCUGGUGAUGACAACAGGGAUUCAGGGGACAGUCACCAUUGCUCAGUUCUACUGCAGAUGCCCCUGAAGCCCCUGCAGUAUCUGCCAGAUGCUGAAGAGAAGCCAGCAGGGCACCAGGACAGGCAUUUUGCUGCUGAGAGCCGGGGUGUCUCACCUCACCCAGCCCCUGGCUGCCAGUGGGACUCCCCAGAACUGUAAGGGAGCCCUAACACAUCCCAGCAGCAUUCCCAAAUCACCCGUGUGCUGGUCCCUGCCCGUGGCAGGGGUUGGAACCAGAUGAUCUUGAAGCCCUUUCCAACCCAGACCAUUCUGUGACUCUAUGAAAGGGAGGGGGGGAUGUCUGCUGGGCACAGACAUGGGCUGCAGCCGGACUGGAGAGGAACCUUGUGCAGGAGAGCAGGGGGCUGCUGCCAUCCCCCACCUCCCAGGGCUUCCCAGUCACGGGGAGAGCCCAAGACCCAUCUCCCCUGCAUAGCUCCAGUGCUGCUGCCCCUCUGCCUGGUGCUGGCAAUGCAAUGGCCAAUGCAGCCCCUUGGCCUGGGAUGGCCAGGUCAUGUCUGCCCCACAUGGGGUAUCUGCUGCAGGCUGUAACCAUCCCAUU